CGACAAAGGUGUGAGCUUCGCCACACAAAAGGGUCUGUAUGCGUCACGCAGCACAUUGCGAUGGUUUAAUCACAACGACAUGGAGGACCUCGAAGCGUGCAUGAUCGCACAAGACGAGGAAGACCAGAGGGAGCCACAGAAAGCAGCCAAGACACGGCGACUCAUAGUGGUGGAAGGGCUGUAUGUGGACUAUGGAGACAUAUGUCCACUCGAUGAGAUUGUAAGUGUCGCGUAG